CCCUUAUAAAAAGAUGGUGGAUUGCUUUUCUACUUGUACAUUCAUAUUCUUGUUUGCCUAAAGUAAAUUGUAGAUGGCUCUAUAUAAAGGCCUAGGUGAGGCAAGAGUUCUUCUCAUCACAAAGCUUUUACCUUACAAUAGAGCUAAAACAUUUUCUUGAAAAAUGGGUUUAUGUGGGAAGAGGGUGGCCCAAGUGGAUAUCAAAUGCAAUGCAGAUGUCUUUCUUGGACUCUUCAGGUACAGACCAAACAACUUGUCGAAGAUAGCCCCCGAUCAUAUUCUUGGAUGCCAGUUGGUAGAAGGCGAAUGGGGUGCAAUCGGAUCCAAAGUUAUUUGGAACUACAAAAUUGAUGGAAAGUUACUAUCUUCAAAGCAAGUUCUCGAAGCUGCAGAUGAAAAAAACAAAUCCAUCACCUACACGCCGUUAGAAGGAGAUGCCAUGCUGCAGAUUUACAAAAGCUUAAAAGCCCACAUUCACUUUACUGAAAAUGGUGAAAACAACUUUGUGACAUGGACGCUUGAGUAUGAGAAGAUAAAUGAAGACGUCCCUGACCCAGAUGCACUCAUUGAUCUUGCUUACAAAGUUACCAAAGUUGUUGAGCUUCACCUUCUCAAGUGAUCCUGAUACUGAUGAAUGAUGAUGUUGAAGACUACAAGAAGUAGAACUAUAUGACAAUAAAAAUGGGUUACAACUUACAAGUUACUCCUUAUGAUCGUUUAUGUAUCGUUUCAUUAUUAUGUUUCUCUAAAGGUGAUGCUUUUAUGUAUAUUCAUGGGCUUUAAUUAAAGUGGUGUGUAAUAAACUUAAAUGCAAAUGUGAUUGUUGUUAAUAUAAACAUAUGGGUACUGUCAUAUAAAUUAAUAGAUAUAACUGAAUGUUGCUACUGUUGUAGAUAUAGC